GUUGAACAAAGUCCAAUAAUCAAAAAAUGUCUCUCGCGGGUCGACUAGCUUUUGUAACAGGGGCGGGUUCAGGUAUAGGCCGAGCAACAUGUAAAAUAUUUUCAAGGGAAGGAGCAUCGGUAGUUGUAGCAGAUAAAGUUCCUAAAACUGUGGAAGAAACUUUAAAUAUUAUAAAUCAGAAUGGACAAAAUCAACACUUGGGGGUAGAACUAGAUGUCGGCAGUUCCGAUAGCGUUGGAAAUGCAUUAAAGAAGACAUUAGAGAAAUAUUCAAAACCUCCCACAGUUAUUGUUAAUUGCGCAGGUAUUACUAGGGAUAAUUUUCUUCUAAAGUUGUCAGAGAAAGACUUUGAUGAAGUUCUGGAUAUUAAUUUGAAGGGAACUUUUCUUAUAAUGAAAACCUUCGCCAAUUCAAUAGUACAGCAUGGACUCAAAAAUGCUUCUAUAGUAAAUAUUUCCAGCAUUGUAGGCAAAUAUGGAAAUAUAGGUCAAGCCAAUUACACUGCAAGUAAAGCUGGAGUAGAAUUAUUAACAAAGACAGCGUCAAAAGAAUUUGGCCAGUUAGGUAUUAGGGUUAAUACAAUUUUUCCUGGGAUGAUUAAAACAAGGAUGAUUGAGACUGUGCCAGAUAAAGUUCAAGAUCGUUUUAGAGCAAUGAUUCCUAUGGCUAGAUUUGGAGAACCAGAAGAAAUUGCUGAAGUUAUAACAUUCCUAGCGUCAGACAAAAGCUCAUAUGUGACAGGUGCAUCAAUUCAUGUUACAGGAGGAUUUUAAACAAAAAAAUGUAUCUAUUUUCAUAACUUUU